CCAGUGACGUCAUCGGUGAGCGCCUCGGCUGGCCUUCGAGGUGGGCUCGACUUGUGAGCCUUGAUUUUUGUCAGACAUCUCUCAUCUUAUCUUCUCCCCCCACACCCCUCCAACAACGUCUGUUCGCGAUGACAAUUGGAGGAGAGCCAUCAGCCGAAGUCAGCUGGAUGAUUUCAGAGCUGGUUCCGGUGCGGCCCGACUGACUUGCAAGUUUCAGCUCCUGUGCCGUACAGUGAACAUACAUUCUUGGUCAGGGUGUUGCAAUGAAACCAGCUCAGGAGCGCAACCAGGAGUGCCUGCCUCCUAAGAAGAGGGACCUCCCUGUUAGUAACUGUAGUGGAGCUCCAGGGACAGCGGGAGUGGGCUUGGUCUUGGGUGGAGGAGGAGGAGGAGGAGGAGGAGGAGGCAGUGCCAGUGGUGGCAGUAGUGGUGUUGGAGAGGAUGAAGUGGGUUCCAUCCAGCACUCUGCAGCCAACAGUGACUCUCAGGGUGGAGAGUGGCUGCGAGCUCAGCCAGGACUUCAUUAUGGAGUGGACACUUCUGAGAGCAUACCAACAGUGCCAGUAGACCAAUACAGUAUGCUUUAUAAAGUGGCUCUGCCAUCUGUUACAUAUUCGCCCACCAGUCCUCACCCAGUGUUAAGCCACAUCUCCCCAGCCUACACUUUACAUUCUCCUCUCUUGCAGCAUCCAGGCCUUCCCUAUCCUCCUUUGGGUUACACCCAGCUCCCUCAUUCCUCCCUGCAGUUUGUCAGCUCCCCGUAUGCCGCAGUACCCUACGCUCUUCCCCCCGGCUUCGUCCCUGGUUCAUUAAUCUCCCCCUCUGGCGCCAUCACUCAGGCCCACCUCGUUCCGUACCCGUCUGUCAUACAAGAAGGUGUGGUCUCCCCUCCUCCACAGGCUCAGGUAGCCGCUCACACCUUUGCCAAAGUUUCAGCCUCCAGCGGCGUCCCACUGAUGUUGCCUUCAGAGCAGACCACCCAGCAGCACCUCGGUACUGUCGGAGUCCUGUCUGCCGCAGAGCUCAGCUCGCGGGGAAUGCCGGUCUUCUAUCACCCUCAGGGUGCCGCCAGAGCCACCACCACAACCACCUCCUCCUCCUCCUCCUCCUCCUCCUCCAAGGACCCCCACAGUGGGCUGCUGGAAAAGGAGCCAGAGAUGAAUGGUAGGGUUAAGGAGCAAGUGGCCAGAGAGGUCACACUGGACCACCCCAGCAGGAAUGCACGUCUACAGCAGGGAGCGGCCAUCUCUGCAGCACACGAGUCCAACCAGAAACGCAGGCUGAGCUCACCGGGGCAGCGCAGCACUCCAGACAGUGACCUGGAGGUGCAGCAGGUGGUGGGUAGUUUGGUGGCCUCCAGCAAAAGUGCUGUUGGAGGGCGCAAAGAGGUCUCCUUUGCUCCUUUGAAUCUCUCUCAGAGUGUCCAGAGAGCGAGAGACGUCCAUGGAGAGACCACUUCUGGCCGUGCUGCAUACAUGGCCCAAUCUGUGAGCUACAGUGACCCCAGAGUGACAGGUCUCCAGCAGCAGCAGCAGCAACAACAACAACAACAACCAGGGCAGCCUGCCCAUGCUGUCAUGUUAGCCAACGGGCAGCCAGUGUUAAUCCCUGUGGAGUAUCACCCACAGCAUCAGCCUCCAGCAGCACAGCAGCACUAUCCAGCACAGGCUAAUGAUGGCUCUCCUAAGCCCAUCUUUAAAGCCUCAGAUCCUUCAUCCAGAGCGUGCCUGCCUGAGAGGGCUGUGGGCGAGCCAGUGGCAGCUCAGCAGCUGCAGCCUGCUGUCCAGCCUCCUGCUGAGGUGACCCAGGCCUUGGCUUCCAACACCGUCCCUGUCCCGGCUUCCAGUAACCCAUCGCACUUCAUGAAGGGAGCCAUUAUUCAGUUGGCCACCGGUGAGCUGAAGCGUGUGGAGGACUUGCAGACUCAGGACUUUGUGCGGAGCGCCGAGCUGAGCGGGGGGCUCAAGAUUGACUCCAGCAUGGUUGUGGACAUCCGUGCUAGCCAGCAGAGGCCUGGCCUUGUGACUCUCCACUUUACCGUGGGGGAGCAGCAGAGCAAAGUGACCAUUGACGUCCCCCCGGAGCACCCCUUUUUUGUCUUUGGUCAAGGCUGGUCGUCCUACAGCCCGGAGCGCACCACCCAGCUCUACGGCUUGGCCUGCCAUCAGAUGCAAGUAGGUGACGUGUGCGUGUCAAUCACCCUGCAGCAGCAACCGCAGCAGCAGAAAGCAGCGCAACACCAUCACCACCACCAACAGCAGAACCUGUCCAGGACUUUGAGCAAAACCACCACCGCGUCAGAACCCAGUCACCAGCUCAUGGGGCCUCCUGCCCCACAGCAGUCACGUCCUCCUCAGGCUCAUUUCAGGAUAGAGCGCAUGCACAGAGACAGGACCAGGGAUGCCGACAAAGACAUGGGCGACAAGGAAGAAGCCACACACAUGGGGGGCGUCGGUCACCCCGACCCCCCUGUCAGACCAAGUAGGACCUCAGGUGAGCACGCCAGGAGUCAGAGCGGCUACCAGUUGCACACAGACGCCUCUGCCUUGGGGGCCAUGCUGGGUGCUUCUCACAGGCGCUGGUCUUCUCCUGGCCUCCAAAGAUACAAUAUGAAGGGGGAGACAGGCUCAUGUCCUCAAAUCAGCGCCUCUGGACACAUCCGGCCCUCGUUUAUCCCCCAGGAGGUCAAACUGUCCAUUGAGGGACGCUCUAAUGCAGGGAAGUAGCAUCAUCAUCAACAUCAUCGUCUUUUGGUAGCAACUAUGGAGGAGACCUGCUGUUGGUGUCAUGACAAGGAGAGGAAAAAAAGAGAAUGUAGCCUGAGAAUGUUGAAGAUUUUUGCACAUUCAACUAGAAAAAAAAAUCUUGUUCCGGCUCUGUGCCGCUCAGCACAAAGGAGAACUUUGAGGUUUCCCACGAUGCUGAAUUCUUAAGUAGGUUUGUCCUCUCUGUCACCACUUCCUCAUUUGGAACGCCCGCACUUCCUGGUUGGACAAGCCUUCGACGACACCGGAUUCCGUUUGGAGCCCUAUAAUCUCUUAUCCAUUCCUGAGAUUGUGUCUGUUCUUUGAAAUGCAUUGAUCUUAAAGAAACAAGGACAUAUGUUGUUGGGCGCUAGCUGUCAGCGUACGUCACAUGACGAUGACAAAGAAGUCUUACAAUCCAAUUAGUGAGGAAACAAUCAGUGUCUAUACACACACUCUUUCUCU